AUGCCCGUCCUGAAAUCUGUGCCAGUCCUGAUACCGGUGCCAGUCCUGCCCCCGAAGCCAGUCCUGAUCCCGAUGCCAGGCCUGAUCCCGAAGCGCGUCCUGAUACCGGUGUCCGUCCUGAUCCUGAUGCCCGUCCUGAAAUCGGUGCCAGUCUUGAUACCGGUGCCAGUCCUGCUCCCGAUGCCAGGCCUGAUCCCGAUGCCAGCCCUAUUCCCGAAGCCCGUCCUGAUACCGGUGCCUGUCCUGAUGCCAGUGCCCGUCAUGAUACCGGUGCCAGUACAGAUACCGGUACUCGUCCUGAUAUCGGUGUCAGUACUGAUAUCGUUGCUAGUCCAGGUCCCGAUUGCUGUACCGAUUUCGAUCGCUGUCCUGACGCCGUUCCCGGUCCUGAUCCAAAAUAAGUGA